AUGUGGAAGUGUAUGGGCAAGUUUGACUAUGAGCACGAUCCGGACACAACUUACGAAGUUACAGCGGAUAACGUGAAGAAGAUGCUAGCUAUAUAUAUGAGAUUCAGGGCUGGCAUUCCCGUCGUUAUUAUGGGUGAAACUGGGUGUGGUAAAACAAGGUUGAUCAAAUAUCUUUCUCAGCUACAAUGUCCUGAGAGCCACUUCCAGAGUAUGAUUUUAAUGAAGAUUCAUGGGGGGACGACAGAAGAAGACAUAAAGAAUAAGCUAUUUUUAGCAAAUGAUAUAGCACAGGAAAAUGUUACCAAGUUUGGUGGUGAUAUUUUUACCAUCUUAUUCUUUGAUGAGGCAAACACUACUGAACAUAUUGGACUUAUAAAAGAAGUGAUGUGUGAUGGAUCUUUUCAAGGAGCACCAAUUGAACUUUGCCCUUCACUGAAAAUCAUCGCUGCCUGUAAUCCAUAUCGAAGGCACGGUGAAGAUGUUAUCAAACGUUUGGAGGAAGCAGGUCUUGGAUACCGUGUUGAUGCAACAGACACAGUCGAUAAACUUGGUAAAAUACCAAUGCGACAUCUUGUGUACAGAGUACGACCACUUCCGUCAAGUAUGUUGAGUUUAGUAUGGGACUUCGGACAACUUGAUUCGUCAACUGAAGAACAGUACAUAAUGCAAAUGGCAAAGAAACACACUGAUGAGCAAAUGGAAAUUUCACAACGACCAAUAACAGCUAUUAGAGGAACUUUCAAUCUUCGAAACACAAACAACAUUCAAACUGUUGUGUGCAAAGUUCUUCAAGAAUCACAAGACUACAUGAGAAAUGAGAAGGUACAGUUUAUUUUCAAGAUGGAAACACUGCCAUUUUAUAAGUGA